AUGGAGCACAGACAGUAUCUGCGUUUGAUUGGGGGCACUGGUGAGACCCCAAGAAGAUCUGCAAGAAUCAGCGAGAAGGCCAAGGCAACUCCUCCUGAGAAGAAGCACCCAAAGAAGCGAGGCCAAAAAUCAUCUGGUUCAAAGAAAGAUGAAACGGGGACUAUUACUGAAGAAACUGAGGGUGAGAAUGAGGUUCAAAUGCAAGAUGCAGGAAUUGAAAAGGGUAAGGCAGACGAAGAAAAUUAUGGAAAUGCUAAGGGAUUCCAGCAAGCACUGGAAGUUAAAGAGAGAGAAAACGCUGGGGAAGCAGUAAAGGACAAAGCUGCUGAAGAAGCUGGUUCCAGUGAAGUGGCUGAAAAUAGAGCCAUAAGGUUGAAGACUUAG